UAUCCAAUUUCUACGCCAUCUAGGGUUUAUCAGCGGCUGCCCAAAUCGUACGUUGAACUGUACUUGUUGAGGUCCAUCUUUUGGGGGCAAGAAAAGAAGUUGAAUAUACAUUGCUUUAUUCGUGUUGUUAGUGAAGAUGGGUGUCAAGGGAAAGAAAGCCAUGGUGAAGAGAUUGAAAAAGGGUUCGUCACAACUAUCAGCUGAAAAAAGUGGCAAAAAUGAAUCUGCUGAUUUCUUGCCAUUAGAGGGUGGUCCGGGCCGUAAGCUUCCCAAAAGCGAAAUUCGGGAAAGCAAUGCUACAGUCCUCUAUAUCGGGCGAAUUCCACAUGGGUUUUAUGAGAAUGAAAUGGAAGCUUUCUUUAGACAGUUUGGCACAAUCAAGAGGCUUAGAAUUGCAAGGAAUAGGAAGACAGGAAAAUCCAAGCAUUUUGGCUUUAUGGAAUUUGAGUCCUCUGAGGUUGCGAAAAUCGUAGCUGAGUGUAUGCAUAACUAUCUCAUGUUUGAGCACAUGUUGCAAGUUCACCUUAUUCCUCCUGAGCGUGUUCAUCCAAAAUUAUGGAAAGGUGCUAACCGACGGUACGAAGCAUUGGACUGGGUCCAAAUGGAAAGGAAGCGACAUAACAAGGAAAGAACAUUGGAAGAGCACAAGAAGUUGGUGGAAGGAAUCUUGAAACGGGACAAGAGAAGGCGGAAGAAGAUUGAAGCUGCUGGUAUUGAUUAUGAGUGCCCUGAAAUUGUGGGUGGCGAUCAGCCUGCUGCGAAGAAGAUUAGGUUUGAGGAAGAGUAGAUCUUUAUGGGAGGAUGGAACUAUGCUGCGUAUCAUCUACUCCGUUCGUGGUUGUAAUUUCCUUGCACUUCCAUGAGAAAGUUUAAAUUCUUUUCCCUUAACCCUCUUGCGAGGACUGGACGCGGGGGAGAAGACUUAAUGGAAGUAGAGGUUAUGUAGUUUGAAGUUGUGUUUUUCCUGUUAUGGUGCAAUUAAAGGUUUUAGCUUCGAGGGAUGCAAUGGCUUAAUUUAAGCAGUAUUCGAAGGUUAUUACUAAAACAUACUCUUUAUCAAUUUCGUUCCUAUAUGAAUGGAUGCAAGUUUUUGUUGGAA